AUGAAAAGCGGAGAGCUAUGCAUUCACAAGGAAAACAACGCUGAUAACGUGAUAAAGAAGCGAAGACAGGUUUCGACGUGGUCGAUGAUUGCAGUGCUAUGGGCAGUCGUGGUAAAUAGUUUUGUCGUAGGUGAUGAGGCCAUCACUCCAACUGAUGUUGUUUGGGGAACUUGUCGCCGAUAUAACGAAUUGGAGCUGUUCAGCCAUACACUACAGUCAAUUUGUCCACUUGAUUAUGACGACAAGUGUGACGACCCCAUCAUGGACCCGUACGGCUUAUUCAGAUACCGUUGCCAAACCAAUCCUCAUGAUGAGAUGCUAUCAACCAUUGAGGUGCUGAACGCAAGCUCACUGCUGGAGAUGUUGCACCACACAGAUGUGUACAAAAGGACAUGGUGCAUGAUUACUUUGUUCUACUCGCCAACCUGUCCCUUCAGCGCUCGAAUCGCUCCGUAUUUCAAUGCACUUCCACAGCUAUACAACCGAAGUAUCAAGUUCGCUGCUUUCGAUGCUACAGAGUUUACCAAGUGA